AUGCAGAAAAUAUUCUGUACUGCAUUGCUAUUAAUUUUUUUUAUUCCAUCUAGAGAUUUCUUUUUGUUUCCAAGUUUCAACAAUGAUGAGUGGAUAAGUUGCUUUUUCCAUUUCGUGUGCGGUUUAAAUGAAUAUGAAGAACCUUUUAAGAUUCUCGAAGAAGGUUCAGACCAGGCGAAGGUGCUAUUUGCGAAAUGUGUACAUCAGGUGUUUGGUAUUGAAGAUCCAUUUUCUAGAGAAAUGUUUGAAACGUUUGGAUCAUUCCUAUGUAACCAUACGAAAGAAGAAAGGAUGAAGACGAGCGUCUAUGUUAAUAAAUUGAUGCUGAGUGAAGAAUGCACUAAAAGAGAACAGGCGGGAAAAAAAAUUGCAAUCCCAAACAUUUUUGGAUGA